UAAAUCUUCAGGUUCUCCCGGAUUCCUGUUCCGUUUACAUCUGUGUUUUUAUCAGCUGGGUUCGGCUGCGUUUCCCACAAGUACUUCUUAAGCUGAUUUUACCAUCACCGCGAACCCAACUUUUAAUUCACCCAUUUAUAUUGGGAUCUUUGCCUUCUUUUGAACACUUUUCCUAGCGCGCGCACGUCCACCAGGCUGAGAUUUACCUGUUUACUGACGUUCUCUUCGCCUCAGGUGAUGACGAUGAUGAAGAGGAGCGCGCACACUCCGCAUCCGUUCGCGUAUGAAGUGAAUAUAACAACAGCUCAGCGGAUUCGGGGAAUCAUUCUGGGCGUCGUUCUGUUUCCCGUCCGCAUCGCCCUGGCCACCCUCUUCUUCCUGCUCAUGUGGCCCAUCGCUCGACUGCGAUUGGCCGGUCUGUCGGAGGCGGAGAGGGCGGAGCCUGUGCGGGGCUGGCGUCAGUGGCUCUUCCAUCACAUCAUGCUCUUCCUCAGCCGCGCCGUCUUCUUCUUCAUGGGCUUCCUGUGGAUAAGGGUCAAAGGGCGUCAGGCGGGAUUGAAGGAAGCGCCAGUUUUAGUCGUAGCGCCUCACAGUGGUUUCCUGGACAUGCUGGUGGUUUGCGCGACUGGUCUGCCGAUGGUCGUGUCCCGGUCGGAGAACAGCAGACUCCCCGUCAUCGGAGCGCUGCUAGAGUUCAAUCAAUCUGUGUUAGUGAGUCGAAAAGAUCCUGAAUCCAGGAAGAAAUGUGUGUCUCAGAUCUGUGAGAGAGUCAAGUCUGACGGCCACUGGCCUCAGAUGCUCAUGUUUCCAGAAGGAACAACGACUAACGGCAGAGCUCUGAUCAAAUUCAAACCCGGAGCGUUUCUGGCCGGUGUUCCCGUUCAGCCCGUCCUGCUGCACUAUCCCGGUGAACCGGACACUGUUCGCUGGACCUGGAAAGGACUGACGUGGCUGGGCACUCUGUGGCACACCACCUCGCAGAUCUACACCAGCGUUACUGUGGAGUUCCUGCCCGUCUACACGCCGUCACAGGAGGAGAAGCAGAACCCGGACUUAUACGCCGAAAACGUACAGAAACUCAUGGCCAAAGCUCUGCGUGUUCCUGCCACUGAUUAUGUGAUGGAGGGUCGAUUUCCUGUUCAGAAGCUGGGAAACCUCUCACUUCCCCUGGAGCCUCCGGCGCAGGAAACACUCAGACUGCUCCGCGAACACAGUCUCACGAUCGCUCACGUGGAGAGCGUGAUGAACCGUGUGAUUGACAGCUGUCACUCAGGUCAGAGCACCAUAGUAACGGCCGAUCACCUGACCACUCUUCUGGGGCUCAAGGACAGAAAGACAGCGGUGAAGAUCUGCUCUCUUUACUCAAAGGAUGAUACGGUGGAUCUGAGGCAGGUUUGUCUGAGUGUUUCUGCCGUUUCUGGGUUCAGGAGUCUGGAGUCUCUCAUACAUACUGCGUUCACGUGGUAUGACUCUGACCAGGACGGGCUGCUGAGCGCAGGUGAUCUCUCUGACCUGAUGGGGGCGCUGGUGGGCAUCCCUCAGUACGGGGGGGCAGAGAUGUACACUGCACUGACCUCCAGGGGACCACCCACUGAAGCUUCUCUGCAAGACUUCCUGAAGACGCAUCCAGUUUAUCGGAAAGUCCUCAGCGAGUAUCUCCACUCCAGCAGACUUGCAGACGGAAAUCACAACGGCAUUCCCAACGGGAAAAACAACAACAACGGGAUUUAUAAUGGUUUCGGAGCGGGCAGCGGGACGUCCCACCAAGCAUUUACUGGGACGGCCGUCUGAAGUCUUAGUACUCGAGUGCAAGAGAAUAUCGUUGAGGUUACGUUUACAUGAUGUCUUUCUUGUGUCUUAUUCUUAAUUUUGUCCUGUUUUGAUGUGAGUGGAAUGAAACUGUGAGGAUAUACCACUAAUUAAUGUGCCUUGGAACGAACACCUUUAUAUGUAUAUAUUUUAUCAUGAAGUCUGAAGGAUUGGUUUGUGUAUUUAAAAGUGUAUAUUUUUGUCAUUUUAAGCUUUGUAUAUUGGAAAGACCGAAGGUGUGCUAUUCUGCCGAAGUGUCAUAUUUUAUACUUUAAUAUAUUAACGUUAUUUAAUAAAGACGUGAUGCUUCCUG